GCAAACACAUCCCUCACGUCAAAGUUACGGGUACCUCCACAACCACGCUUUUACUUUCGAAACCCACCCAAAAGCCAAACAUUGGCCGCACUCUUCAAAAACAUCACUGUUCCCUCUACUCAUCAACAACAUUCAAUCAUCCACCUUACAACCUUACCUACCUUUUCACGAACCCAAUUACCUCUUCUAUUUUCUUUCUAUCCCUCAUUACUCCACCACCUUAUUCUCCAAUCACGCUGCCUACGAACGUUUCUUACUAGCAUCGCGUCUUGUCUUUAAGGUUCAUUGCCUAUUUUUGCAUUUGCACUAUUCAGCGCUUGAUCUCUAAAGCUUGUUGACAUACACCCUCACCCUGACCCUUUCAACAAUCAAUUCAUAUGUAUGAAGUGUUUUUUUACUCUUAUCGCAACUUAUUAGGUUUUUGCUUGUUGUCCUGCCAAUACACAGUCGCAUACUAGUCACCAUAGGUGACAGACUACGCGUAUAUAAGGCGGUAGCUUCACAGCAUUCCCUACAUAUAUACCCACCCUGCAUAUAUGCACUGCACGUCCAUUCAAGCUUUCGCUGACCUAUUCUUUCAGACCUCCAAUCUAAUUGUGGUUUCUAAACCAAGCGAACUCACCCGCCUACAAGAUGCCUCCGGGACGCUCUGUCAGACAGCGAGUCGCUACCAAUGAGAAUGACGAAAAUGCAACUGCAAAUGCUACGCGUAUGACGCGUGCAAAGGCUGCGGCCCUUGAUCUCGAUGUCACUCAGCCGGCCAAACAGGCCCUUCAGUCCAAGAAGUCCGCAGUCAACGCGAAUCCUACCGCCCAAAGAAAGCGCGCCGCCCUUGGUGAUGUCAGCAACGUUGGAAAAGGGGAGGCCGCUGAAGUCAAGAAAGCUGCUAGCAAAGUUGGUCUAGUCUCCAAGGCCGCACAACCUACAGGAAUUCAGAAGGCCACUGCCCGUGCCACUUCAACUCGGUCUGCUUUGGCCGCCAAGGAGGCGAAAAAGCCCGAGGUGAAGCGAGCAGGAUCCGGUUCCGGUGCCCUCGGUACAACCCACAAGAGAAAAGUCACAUCAUCAACAACAAUCAAGCAAGAUGUCCUCUUAGAAGAGCCGGUUCGCAAGAAGGCUAACACUGUGAGCAACGAACCCGCGAAGCUCGAACGCCCUGAAUCCAAGUCAUCCAAGCCGGAUAUCGCAGCCGAGAAGGCCGCUCAGAAAGAAGAUGCUUCCUCCAAGGAGGAAGUUGGUGUUGUGCUCCCUGAAGGUGUUAAGGAUCUGGAAGAAGAAGGUCUAGAUGACCCUGUGAUGGUGGCUGAAUAUGCCCAUGAGAUCUUCGAAUACCUCAAAGACCUCGAAUCCAAGUCGGUACCCAAUCCUGAUUACAUAAGACACCAGGACGAGCUGGAGUGGAAGACGCGAAGUAUCCUUGUCGACUGGAUGAUCGAAGUUCACACCCGAUUUCAUCUCCUUCCCGAGACUCUCUUCCUUGCUAUUAACAUUAUCGAUCGAUUUUUGUCUCAGAAGGUUGUCCAACUAGACCGCGUCCAACUUGUCGGUAUUACAGCCAUGUUUAUUGCAGCCAAGUACGAGGAGGUGUUAUCACCUCAUGUCAGCAACUAUAGAAUGGUAUCCGAUGACGGCUUUAGUGAUGCCGAGAUCCUUAGUGCAGAGCGGUUUAUCUUAGAGACAUUGAACUACGACUUAAGUUAUCCGAACCCCAUGAACUUUCUCCGACGGAUCUCAAAGGCAGAUGAUUACGAUAUUCAAUGUCGAACUAUUGGAAAGUUCUUAAUGGAGAUCAGCAUUGUCGACUACCGAUUCCUGGCGUACCGACCCAGCCAUGUUGCUGCUGGUGCCAUGUAUCUUGCUCGAAUGAUACUCGACCGUGGUGAAUGGGACCCCACCAUCGCCUACUAUGCCGGAUACACGGAAGAAGAGAUAGAACCCGUGUUUGAGCUUAUGGUCGAUUAUCUUGCUCGUCCUAUCUGCCACGAGGCCUUCUACAAGAAGUAUGCUAGCAAGAAGUUUAUGAAAGCUUCAUUGAUUACGCGCCAAUGGGCUAGGAAGAACGCCCCUAUUUUUGGUAUCACGGACACAAAAAUAUCUGUGGACGACCUUUCGUCGCUGGAGCCGGAUUAUUAAUACAUACCAUUCAAUUGCACUAUGAUAUUCCUACGUUAAGAGCCUUACUGAGUGUCAGGAUACUCAGGGUCUCGUUGGAUGAUGGCCUUACGAUACCAGCUUGCAUGACGUUCGGCCGAUGACUCUCAUAAU